AUGCUGUGAUCAUUGCAGAGAACCGGUGUCCUCUAUUUCUGGAUGGGAAAAAAUCUCAAAUUCUGUCUAAACAAGCUCUCUCCAAUGCCUCAAGCCCAUUACUCCUGUUUUUAUUCUGCUGGACCAUCCUAAACAAACCUUCUCCUUUGGAGUAUGACUUUCUGUUACUGUCAUAAAUAUAAAGAUAGUUAAUAUCCUCGUGAUGAGCAGAAAGACACCGACUGACGUCCUCCUGCAGGGACUGGAGGAUCUUGCAGAGCAAGACUUUAAAAAAUUUAUACACAAAUUAUCAGAGUUUGCCUUUGAUGACAAACCUUCAAUCCCCUGGUGUAAACUGGAGAAGGUUGACAGGAUAGAUGCUGUGAGACUCCUGAAAGAACGUUAUGACCAGGAGAACGCUGUGGACAUAGCUAUCAAAAUCUUCACUAACCUAAAUCUCAACAACUCUGCCAUGAAACUCAAACAGGAAAAAGAGACAGGUUUGGGUCCUCGGCAAACACCUGAAAGAUCAGCAAAUGCUUACAGAGUAAAGUACAGAGAACAUAUACGAAACAAAUACACCACAAUAAAAGACAUGAACUCUCGUCUUGGUGAGAAUGUGAAGCUAAACAGCAGAUACACAAAGCUGAUCAUUGUAAAUGAACAUCGUCCCAAAAAGCAGAGAGAACACGAAAUAAUGGCCCUGGGACGGAGACAUGCAGAGAUCAUGGCUGAGCGCGCUAGUCCUAUCACCAUCGCCAAUUUAUUUGAAUCUGAUAGAAAUGGACAGUCACCACAAAUUGUUGUACUCCAGGGAGCUGCAGGGAUUGGAAAAACACUGACAGCAAAAAAGAUCAUGUUGGACUGGGCAAAUGAAGGACUGUAUCAGAACAGGUUUGAUUAUGUUUUCUACAUAAAUUGCAGGGAAAUUAACUUUGUCAGAGAGCAGAGAAGUGUUGAAGAUUUGAUUUUAGAAAAUUGUCCUGAUCAAAAUGCACCAACUAAAGAGAUUCUGAUGAAUCCAGAAAAACUCCUGUUCAUAAUUGAUGGUUUUGAUGAACUGAGAUUUUCCUUUAACCAAUCAACAAGUAUUCAGUGCUCUGAUUCCUGUGAGAAGCAGCCAGUGGAAAUCAUACUGAGCAGUUUAUUUAGGAAAAAAGUGCUUCUCAAAUCUUACUUACUAAUUACUACAAGACCAAUUGCCCUGGAGAAACUUGGGCAGUGUUUGAAAGAUGAACGUUAUGCAGAGAUCCUGGGAUUUUCUGAAAAUGAGAGAAAAGAAUAUUUCUACAAGUUUUUUGGGAAUGAAGAACAAGCAAGAAAAGCCUUUAACUUUGUAAAAGACAAUGAAGUGCUUUUCACCAUGUGCUUUGUUCCCCUUGUGUGUUGGAUCAUCUGCACGGUUCUGAAACAGCAGAUGGAAGCAGGUGAAGAUCUUGCACAAACUUCCAGUACAAUCACUGGAGUGUACAUGCAUUAUCUCGACAGUUUAUUAAAGGGUCACAGCAGCACUUCAAAGCAACAGGUACAAGGUAACUUAAAGGGACUUUGCUCCUUGGCUGCAGAUGGAAUCUGGAAGAAGAAUAUACUGUUUGAGGAAGAAGAUGUCAAGAAACACGGAUUAGAUAAACCUGAUGCCCUCUUUCUGAAUGAGAACAUGUUUCAAAAAGGCAUUGACUGUGAGUGUGUUUACACCUUCAUUCACUUGAGUUUUCAAGAGUUUUUUGCAGCUUUGUUUUAUGUGCUGGAGAAAGAAGAAACAGAGGAAAAUUCAGAAACUGCUAUACAACCUGUGGAAAAAUUGUUUGAAAAGUGUGAAAAAUCUAGGAAUGAUUUAAUGUUAACAGUGCGAUUCCUGUUUGGUCUCUUAAAUAAAAAGAGAAUGGAGGAGAUGGAGAAAAAACUUAGCUGCAAAAUUUCACCCAAAAUUAAAAAUAAUUUACUAACAUGGGUUAAAGAAAAACUCUCUUUGUCAUUGUUCAAAUAUGAUAUGUUGCCUUUUGAUGAGGACACGACGAUUUUGUAUUUUGAAUAUUUUCACUGUUUGUAUGAAAUUGGAGAAAGAGAAUUUGUUCAGAGUGCAAUGAAUCAUUUAACUGAACUAAAAUUACUUCAUCAUACCUUUACCAAAAUGGAUCAAAUUAUUCUUCAAUUCUGUUUAAAGAAUUCCUGUAAAUUGGAGUCAGUUUAUCUAGACACUUGUACAUUUCUAACUGAAGACCUGAAUGAAGAUUCCCCAAGACCAUGCAAGCAGCCACAUGGGGAAAAACAUCAGCAUGAGCCACGUCACUCACCUAUUUACUUGUUCUGUGAAGCAUUGGAGGAUCCAAACUGUAAAUUAAAGAAACUAAAGUUGCAUGGCUUUCUCACAGGCACUUGCUGCAGGGAUCUUGCUGAUGUUCUCAAAGCCAGAGAGAGCCUGACAGAGCUGGACCUGGGUUAUAAUGAUCUGGGCAAUGCUGGAGUGCGGCUGCUGUGUGAGGGACUAAAACACCCGACCUGCAAACUGCAGAAACUGGACUUGUGGGACUGUGAGCUCACAGGCGCUUGCUGUGGGGAUCUCGCCAAUGUUCUCAGCACCAACCAGAGUCUGACAGAACUGAAGUUGUGCGCAAAUUCUCUGGGCGAUGCUGGAGUGCGGCUGCUGUGCAAGCGACUGACACACCCAAACUGUAAACUGCAGCAACUGGGGUUGCGGGAUUGUGAGCUCACAGGCGCUUGCUGUGGGGAUCUCGCCGCUGUUCUCAGCACCAGCCAGAGCCUGACAGAGCUGAAGCUGAGUGGUAAUAAUCUGGGCGAUGCCGGAAUGCGGCUACUGUGCAAGGGAUUAAACCACCCCAACUGCAAACUGCAGAAACUGGACUUGCGGGAUUGUGAGCUCACAAGUGCUUGCUGCGGGAAUCUUGCUGAUGUUCUCAGAGCCAGCUGGACCCUGACAGAGCUGAAGCUGAAUGGUAAUAAUCUGGGCAAUGCCGGAGUGCGGCUACUGUGCGAGGGACUGAAACACCCGAACUGCAAACUGUGGAGACUGGACUUGAGUUCUUGUUUUCUCACAGAUGUUUGCUGUGAGGAUCUUGCCACCGUUCUCAGAACGAACCAGAGCCUGACAGAGCUGGAUCUAGGUUAUAAUAAUCUGGGAGAUGCCGGUGUGAAGCUGCUGUGUGAGGGACUGAAACAAAACUGCAAAUUACAGAGUCUGAACUUGCGGAAGUCCUGUACGUGGGGGUGCGGUGUCACAGCUGCUGGCUGUGGAGAUCUCGCGGCUUUUCUCAAAACCAAACAGAACCUGACAAAGUUGUACCUGGAUAAUCAUCUUUCUCUGGGAGAUUCUGGAGUGCAGCUGCUGUGUGAGGGGCUGACACACCCAAACUGUAAAUUAGAGACUCUGGUGCUUCACUAUUGUGGUCUCACAGCUGCAUGUUGUGAGGCUCUCUCCUCUGUUCUCAGCACCAGCCAGACCCUGACAUUCCUAGGUCUAGGGGCAAACAGUCUGGAGGAUUCAGGAGUGCAGCGGCUGUGUGAGGGGCUGAAACAUCCAAACUGCAAACUACACACACUAGGAGUGGACUUUCACCGUCUAACUCCAGUAAUGCAGGCAGAGCUGUAUGCAGUGAAAAAGAUAAAACCUGAUUUGAUCAUAAAGAUGCAGCCGAAGGACUGAGUGGGAGCCUGCGCACCAACACAGCUCUGGCCUGGUCGCCCUGCCACUAGCUGGAUCAGCAGCCAGGGAAAGGUGAAGACCUGGCUCACUUACUAUAGAUCCCACCAUCCCCAGGGACUCCAGCAUCAUAUUUCAGCAUCAGUGGCAGGGAGCUAAGUAGAGGUUGUCAGGCCCAACCCUCCUGUCUGAGGCAAGAAACUCAGAAGUAGAAGCUGUAUUUGCUCCAUGCUUGGUCUGACCUUAGAUGGGGGAGUUGAUUUGCGGGAUGGAGCAGGAGGAAGGAAGGGGGACAGUGAAGGGGGGUGACCCAAGAACCAUCCUUGGAGCCAGUGGAUUCUAUUCCAAUAGCUCAGUCAUUAUUUGUUGUAUGUUUCUUCUCCUACUCAUCCCCCUCCCACAAUUUCACACAAUUCCCUGGCCAUUAAGUCAACAUUCUAUGUCCAUCUACAGCAUUUGUUUAUGCCAGAUGGAUGUUUCUAUGUCAGUUUUGCUGGAGUCCAAUAAAGAUCAUGA